AUGAAGCCUCCAAUAACUGCUGUUGAAAUUCCCUCAAUCAAUCAUUUAAUGUCGGAAACGAGGAUGACCCCAACAUCAGUGAAUCAUAAUAACACAACAACACCGGGAUCGUCCUCUUCCGAUGCAAUAAGCACUACAACAGGUCGGAGUGAUAGUUUUGGACAAGGACAACUGCAUCAACAAGAGAGGCGUUCGGAGGUCUCUGUAGGAGAGGAGGACUCUAUUAGAAGCAAUCAUAAUCCGAAAGGAGGCCUUUCACGAAAUUUAACCACGCAGGGAGGUGAGAGAGAUGUUGAUUCCAUGCGAGCUCUUCAAAAUAGACGAAAAAGUACUGGGACUAAUGAUUUGUCAACCUUGAAACAACAUGGAAAUAGUAGAUCUAGCUAUGAAAAUGACACCUCCAAUGAGGUUAACAGGUACAUGGGAAAGAGGGAUAUGAGAAGGUCAAAUAUUCCUCUGCCAAUUAAUUUUAAAGAAGUUGAUAGAAAAUGGAAGUGUGUCGAGGACAAACAUUCUACAAUUUCGAAAGUAUAUGAAGUAGAGGGAGUUUCUACGACGCUUCAUGCACUGCAGCAACAACUUGAUUGGGGUGAUGCCGAAAAAACCAAUGCUCCAAUACCCUUAAAAACAAGACAUAGAUUUUGGAAAGAUCUUAGUCACUUGGACGAUUGUAAUACUCGAUUUGUGCUGAUCGAAAAGAAUUCAGUUCGCGCAGAAAAACACAAGAAAGAUUUACGAAAGGAGGAAGAGCAACAGAUAGCAGUUGGAUAUCGUUUCAGAAUGUUUGGAAAAGCCAAAGUUCCUUCACGUAUUCCAUCAACGAAUAUGGAGAGUGUUAGCUCAGAAUCAAACCCUCCAAACAAUUUACUUCAGGUUUCACGUAAUGGAAUGCUGAAAAGAAAACCAUCAGAGCGAGUGUUCAAGCCUAUUGAAGAGGCACCAAAAACUGAAGCUAUAGUGGACAUGCCAUUCGAUAUAUGUUUAAGUGAUUAUUUAAAAUUUGUACGAGAAAAACAGCCUUCAGAUGCUUCACCUCAAACAGAGAGAUCCAAUGCUCCCUCACCAAGAUUAUCUUCCACUUCAAACACGAACAAUAUUUUCCUUAAUGACAUUACACCCAGGGGAGGUUCUCUUCUAACAAAACGAAAAACAGAAAACAAGUCAAAGGAGAUGAAAGAGGAAUAUACGAAAAAUCCCAACUUGUUCGAAAUGUUGCUGAAGCUUGACAAAAAAUCAAGAGAUCAAAUCGAUAGAGACUUUUUACGAAAGCAAAAAGAAUUGCCCAUGAAGAAACAAAGAUCCUCUUCCAUUAUUUCUGAUAACAUCAUUUGCAAUAUUCCUUCAGUGUUUCAAAGCUUGUCAACAUUUGGAAAGCUAAUACCGAAAGACGCUUCCCUUAAUGAAUCAUUUCAAGUCUCAACUCCAGAUGAAGAAGUGGUGAAAAGGAAACGAUUAUCGAUUCGGAACAUGUCCAAGAAAUCAAUUUUGCCAACGAGGGGUAUUGACCCCUCGAAUCCCUUAUUUUAUAUUUUCAGAUUGAGAUUGUUGAACUAUUCCAAUUCUGAGUUCAAGCUUCUCAAAACAAAAUUCAAUAUUACCAUCUCUCAAUUACGAUCUCACCAUUUUAUUGAUAUUGAUACCUUUAACACUAAUUUAUUUGUUACCUUGUACAAUCAAUCUGUGAAUGAAAACGGAUAUAUCAUUCCAGAAUACGAUGAUGAGGAAUAUAUUUUUUCAUGUUCUGAAAGUUUACCAUGGUUAAACGAAAGUACUGUAAACAGCUUGUUGGAUCAGCAUUUAAGGCUUACCAUUCAGCGAUGCCAAGAUAACAAUCCUUUGUUUGAUUGCGUUAUUUCAUUUUCAGUUAAGGAGAGGCUUUUCGUUGUGUCACAUCACCUUGAUAACGCACCUCUCCCCAGACACAAUUCUGAAAAGGAACAUACUUCAAGGAAAGUCAAAUAUGAAUUUUUAAGGAAAGACAAGCACCAAAGAGCACUGAAUCCAGAUUCACAUACUGUCAUGAACAAAAAAACUUCAGACCGCAAGUUUAUAUUUGUCACAUUUGGUGAAAAGGAACAUCCAUCCACCAAUCGAUUUGAUUUAAACUUCCCACCAACGUUGAAUUUGGUUGUGAAUGGCAUGGGUCCUUUGAAACAUCGAUCAGAACUGAGUAUGGACAGUUCGGACAUUUUUGCUCAUAGAAAGCAGCAGCAUGCAAUGAAUAAUUCCACUGUGGAGAUUGAUGAAGAAGACACAGAAUUACGGAACUUGGAUGGAUGGGAUCCAACGACAGAUAACGAGCAUGAGGUCCAUGUCGAAUUCGAAGAAGGUCAUACUUCUCAUUCACCAGAAAACGAGGAAGCGGAACAGGUGAGAAACGAAACCACACUCGAAAGCAUGAAUGCCACAGCGAUGAACGACGAAUCUUCAUCGAAAAUGUCGCAUAUCAACAACUCUAAGCCACUCAAACGAUAUUUUGACUUCUCACAACAUCGCACACAAGAGGCGAGCGCUAAUACUACUUCGUUAUUGGUACAGCCUCAACAUCCCUUAAUUCCAGUUAUUACCCAACCAAUUACUUUCUAUUCUCAAGACACAAAUCAAACCAUUCUCGUUACCUCAACCAAAGAAAAGAAUGCCAAUAUAACCAAAAUUCAAAAGAGAAUGCCACACACUUCGAAAGCGGUUAUUGAUUGCCAUGAACCAAAACCACUAGCAGAACUUUACCAUUCCUCGUUGGACAAUUCCCAGAAACUACUCUCUGAACACAAACACAUAUUUGUUCAACAGCAAAAGAGUGGAGCGUUAGGUAUGAUAGAUAUGAACAUGUUUGAGGAAAUUAGAAAAGAUGCGCCUUCCACAGAUGCAAUAAUGAUAGGAGACAGGAAGCUUUCCGUUGCCUUAGAACAAUAA